UGCAAUUCAAACAUCGCGGCUACAGUCGGGUGCUGUACGAUAAUAGGGGCGUAUUCUUUUCUGUAUACACCGUCGGGGUCGGUAGGGAAAAUAAUUCUAGUGGGAUUUCCUUAAAGGAUUUCAAUUCGAGCGAGAUAUGGUCACUCAUCAGUUUUUCUUCUCCCAUGGCUGCUCCGUAUUCCACUGUUGUCCUCCCAGACGGUGCCGUGCUCGCUUUUGAGGUGCUGGGUUCACACCAUCUCGGACACCACAGGCCUUUAGUCCUCGUGUGUGGGAUGGGCUCAUUGAGGGCCGACUGGGAGAGGCUGAGUACUCAUCUCGCUGAAAAACGUCCAGUCCUGGUAUAUGAUCACCGGGGAAUGGGCGACUCAUCCUAUCGAAGCGAUGACGAGAUCACAAUCGAAGUCCUCAGUCGCGACCUUCUCUUCCUCAUCGAAUCCUUACGAUGGAGAGACGUGUCAAUCUGCGGAUUCUCUAUGGGUGGUGUUAUCGCUCAACAACUCCUCUUGUUGCCUUUUCAUCCAACUAAGCCUACACCAGUUCAUUUCCGAUGUACGCAUUUGUUCCUGACCGGAACUCGGUCAGUGGUUCUCCGUGACCAUCGUCUUGGACUUCAAUAUUCCAAGCCGCCAUGUAACACAAUGCGUACGCCUGCGGAGAAACUCGAGAUAGCAAAAAGGAUGAUUCAGGCAACGUUGGACCCUGUAUGGCUUCAAGAAAACCCGUCCCGUUUUGCCGCCAUUCUCAAGAGAGCUAUAUCUGGGGGGGCUAGACCGCCAGCAUCAAUAGCGCAGCAGGGUGUUGCAUUAAAAUCGUUCGAUUUUGAGCAUCAACUUGUUGAUAUGCCUCGCAACACUCGUGUCUUGGUCGUCCAUGGCCGUCUUGACCAAAUUAUACCAUUUUCAUUUGGACAGGACAUAACUCACAUGAUACCGUGGGCAACAAUGGUCUCGGUAGGCUCUAAGCCCGGUCAGGUCCCGUCUUACGACUUCGGGCACUAUUGGUAUGAGUACUUUGAUGUACAGGUCUGGGUGGAUGUCGUGGAGAAAUUUUUGAAGAAGUAACGAGAUGCUAUUAAUGAAUUAAGGUCAUACGCCAUAUAUAAGCCAUUAUAUUGUAUAUAUUGUACUUCUGUUAUUUAUGAUUCAUUCCAUUUUGC